CCUCGACGCUCACUCAUCCCCCUUGACUUUGCAUUGCUUUUCAACUUACGGCCGCAUCUCCGUCCACAGCGAUCCUAGAGCACAGGCACCUAGAUAACUUGAAUGACAUUCGAUCUGCAGCCUAACGUAGGUCCCCAUUUCCUCCAUCGCGCGGGGUUCAGCUGAUGUGUUCCUGUCAUACAGUGUCCUUCUCUUUCAGCCGGCGUGUCAUGCGUAUCACUCGCGCAACGGAGAGCCGAUGGGCGGAUUGACAAAGUUUGGAGCAGUGGCGAUGAGCGGAGCGGUGAGGACUCAAGUGCCAACGAAUUCAAAUGGAGCUACGACGACCCGGGAAAUGCUCGUCUACAAGGCGCUCUGCCGUUGGCUCUGUCCACUCGCAUCCCAUCCGAGAUCUUCGAGCUCAUAAUUGAUGAGAUGGACCAACCCAUGUUACCCGCCGCGGCGCUGGUCUGUACAGCAUGGUACCAUCGGGCCAUGCGAAACCUCUACCAAAUCGUCCGGAUUACAAAUCACAGGUCCUUCAACAUUCUGGUCAAGCAGUGUCGCACGUCUCCACGCGUGAAGAAGUGGCUUGCUUCCACACGUACGCUAGUGGCCGACAGUUACAAGACCCGGCAUAUCGGUGACCGUGACCCGGGGAGCUCUGAUUUUCUCCAAGCGGUACCCCUUGCCCUCGUCCGCAUGAUGCCCGGUGUACGCGUCCUUCGCAUCCAGUUUGCGAAGCUUCGUUUUGUCCAUCAAGAGUUCUUCCUUGCCCUAUCGCGAUUCAAGCCCGUCACGUCGCUGAGGCUGUAUGCAUGCAUACUCAGCAACAUCACACAGCUGCGGCGGGUCAUCUGCGCCCUCCCCCGGCUUGCGUACCUCACCAUACACGUCAAGCUCGUUCAGCGGGGUCCUGCCAGCUACGCGAGGAUCUCUCCGUUUCAACCACCAUCCGACAUUCGUCUUCGGCACCUCAAUAUCGAUGUUCAAACAGACCUCAUGGUGACGGUCCUUGACUGGAUGACGCGUUCAAGCCUCUGCGCCUCACUCGAGGAUCUGACGGUCACGCUGUGGGAUCAACCCCUGCGGAGCCUUAACGAAGUCCUCGAAAUGGCAGGAGAAUCCUUGACUCGGUACCACGAACGGUGCCCCGGGCGUGAGCUCGACUCUCAUGGCAACCUGUCGCACAACACCGCCAUGCAAUCCUGGGAACUUGAGCUGAAUGAAAUCAGCCCCGCAGCCGGAGAGAAGGCGCUUAGCGCGUGGUUCAAAGUAGCAGACGAAUUGUACGCCGUCCUCUCUACCGUCCAAAGCCGUGCGCUCGAGCACAUCGAAAUCAGGGCCAAUGUAAGUUACUACCCUGACGGCGCUGGCGAGGAGCUCGGUGUUGUCCUAAAGCAGCUCGACUUGCAGGGGCUACACGGAGUCAUGAGCGAGCGACGCUUCGACGCACUGAGGGCUGUCAAGGUGGUGAGGUACCUACACGGUCUGCAGGAUCAGAGCGAGGCGGAUGUGGACGACAUCGCUCAGAAGAUCGACGUCGUGUUUCGUGGCAUACUCCGGCCGUGGUCUGACCGCGGCAUAGUCAGCAUCACCCUGCUACGCUGAAAUCCGCUCUGAAUAUGAUGAACGCUCGCCGUUCAGCGAUACCUAGAAACCGUCUGCGACGACCAACGGCGGUGCAGGCGGCGCU